GGAUGAAGGAAUCACCAUCUGGCUGUUGCUGUUCCUGCUUCAGCCUGGGAAAACCAUCCUCUGUGGCCAAAGACCAACGGCAGCACCAUCCCAGGGAGCCCUCAGAGACAGACGUUGUAGUGCUGGCAGGUGAUUCAAGCUCUUGUCAACCCAGAUGUGCCAGAGCAAGCAGCGAUGCUGGGCUGUGUGCUUCCACCAAUGGAGAGCUCUUGGGAAGCACAAAUGGCUGCGGUUCAGCUGACAGCCUGCCACAUAACAACAGUGAUGGACACGAGGAGCUCAUCCAAGUUGAAGCCCUCAUUUCUCCCGGCUGUGCUGAAGAUGCUGACCUGAGCCUGCCAGACACCACAGGCAGCCUGGACUGUGACCCGGUGCCUCUGCAGUGCAGCCCAGCCCAAGCAGAGCCCGAGUGCUCCGACAGCAGCACCGCCUUUGAGGAGAAGGUCAGCAUCAGCGAGGAGCAGCAGAGCCUUUUGGAGGGGGGCUUAGAAUCAGGCCUCCAGUCCCAGGCACCGGACAUCAACACUGACAGCGCUGAUCCACUCUGUCCAUGAGCUUUCCACCCAAGAGAGGACGAUUCCCAUCUUUACCUGGACCUCUCACGCCCUGCUGUCUUUUCCUUUACUAAUAAAAGCACACUUAUACUCACUCAA